CGGCGAGCCGGCCGGGUGCGAGCGGUGCGGACCCUCAGAGCCCGCCCUGGCGGCGGACCCGCGCCCGUGUGGCGGCGCUGCUGGGGGGCUCCCGGGCGCCCUGGCGGCGUGCAAUGCAGCGGGAGGGUACCAACGAACAAUAUUUCCUUGAACUUGCUUCACCAAUGUCUCUCAUGCUGAAUCUGUUAAGAAACAUGCUGGCAUAUUUUGGUGUUCCUGUAGACCAGGAUUUGCUGAUUUGGCCAAAUAAAGACUAUGGGUCAACUCGGAGUAUCAUUCGUAUUAUUGGGAGACUACUUCCUUUAGAACCUUGUCGAAGACCUAAUUUUGAGUUGCUCCCUCACUUGAACUCUGAGGAGUCUGAUGAUCAUGAACCUAUGGUUCCAUCUUUUGCUGAUGUUUUGUGUGUAGCAAAUGAUGAAGAAGCCGUUCAUCUCAGAUUUCGACAUAGUCUAUGGAAAAAGGAGAAGGAAGGGAAAAUUGGUCUUUUUCAUUCAUCAAAAAUAACUUGGGAUCCAUUAUCACCUUCUCUAAGACAGAACAAACCAGUGAAAAACGAUCUGCCAGUAAGUGAGGCUGCAAUUAAAAAAAUAGCUGCCCUUGAAGAUGAGCUCACUUUGCUUCGGUCCCAGAUUGCUGCAAUUGUGGUAAUGCAGAGAGCUGUGGAGCUGAGAGAGACUAAAGAGACGGGCUUCUGUGACCUCAGUGAUGAAUCCAGCGUGGAACAAGUGCCCUUUUCAUCAGCGGCUGCUGGGCUGAGUGCGGAGCCAGGUCCCCCUCCUAGAUCGGUACUUUCUCCUCCUCCUCCUCCUCCACCACCUCUGCCUCAGUUUUCUUUCCAGCCGUGUUUUCCUCCCAUGCAACGGGGACCUACCAACAGAGGUAAUCCGGCAGCUGCAGUGAAAAAGCAACACUCGGGUGUUGACGAGACGAGUGGCAGCCACCAUUCCGAAAGCCAGAGAGUUAGUGACCUUCCACACAUGCUGGACGUUCUCAAGGACAUGAACAAGGUCAGACUUCGUCCCAUUGAAAGGUCACCAGGUGGUAGACCCAUUCAGAAGAGGAAAAGACAAAGUUCACAAUGGGAUCCAGUGUCUUUAAUAGCCAAUGCACUUAAGCAGAAGUUUGCAUUUCAAGAUGAUUCCUUUGACAAAGAAAGUAGAUCUUGGGAGUGUUCUCCAUUUUCUAGUCCAGAAAGUUCAAGGUUUUGAUGUCCCAUUUCUCCAGCAGAAAGUCGGCGAUCUAAGGGAAGAACAGAUAUAUAAAAGCCAUUAUUCACGGUAUCAGAAGGGAAAGCUCUGCCUACACUUGGAAAGACAGAUCCAGAAAUGCUCUGUGGUAUCCAUCGCUGCCUUUCAGAGAAUCAAAACCUCUGUUCGGGUGACUAAGCCAUAUCCUGGGACCUGUCUGUGCCCAGUCUGAGAAAGGUGUUUAAAAAUGCUGGUCCCUGGGUUUGGAAGAUCUAGCAGUUAACUGGCUACUGAAGAGAGUUGGGUGUAUAUAGAUUCCUGCUUUAUGUGAGUGCUACUGAAAAAUGGAAUACAUGCUUCAGUGACUCUCCUACACAGUUAUGGUUCCCUAUUUAAACUCCUUUGUAAGUUGGUGUGAUCUGCUUGACUUGGCCUUCAGUAACUUGGAGAUUUUCAGUGAGCAAAAGAUAAUUCUUUUCAUUAAGUUACAGUUUUAGUUAUAAAGGAUUGAACUUUCUAAAACUUCCUGAGGUGAUCAACUAUUCUGACUGCCAAGUACGGCAAGUAGAAGUAGACUCUUGGUAGGUUUUAUCUGCAGUGGCUUUGCACAUACAUAUACCUGGCAUGUUUCCAUUGUUUUCUAUUACAUUUGUACCCUAUUUGUUUUGUUUUUUGUAAAUAGAUUGUACAAUAAAUGGAUCUUUUGAACUUG